GCAAGAGCGAGACCUGCGGAGAGAGCGCACCGGAUCCUGAAGCGACCGUUACCCUCCAACAGGCGACCGUUUCCCUGCCCUUCUCCUUUCUGUUUCCCCCGUAUUUUCUCACGGUGUUCCUCGCGUUAGCGAUUUUCCUCAGUGCCGCAGCACUUUUUUUCUCCGUCACAAGUGUAUUUUGAUCUCCUUUCACGUACUUUUCUCAUUCAUUGGGAAUUAACGGACAUCUGAGGAUCGUGUGGAUGAGCGGCUUCAGAGGGAACCGGAGAUGGAUUUGCUGAUAAUAUGCCUUUCUUUUGGGAUAUUGCAAUGCAGUUCGGCGGGAGCGGACUCCAUCAUUCACAUCGGUGCCAUUUUUGAAGAGAACGCCGCACGGGAUGAUGAGGUGUUUCAGUUGGCGAUCUCUGACCUCAGCCUCAACGAUGACAUUUUGCAGAGUGAGAAAAUCACCCACUCCAUAAAAUAUAUUGAACCCAACAACCCCUUUCAGGCAGUCCAAGAAGCAUGUGAACUGAUGACACAGGGGAUCCUGGCUCUGGUCACAUCUACAGGUUGCGCCUCAGCCAGCGCUCUACAGUCCCUGACAGAUGCCAUGCACAUACCACAUCUUUACGUCCAGAGGAACGCUGAAGGAUCGCCUCGUACUGCCUGCCAUCUCAAUCCAAGUCCCGACGGAGAACGUUACACGCUCGCGGCACGGCCCCCCGUCCGUCUCAGCGAUGUCAUGCUGACGUUGGUUGGUGAGCUGCGCUGGCAGAAGUUCAUCGUCUUCUAUGAUAGUGAAUAUGAUAUCCGUGGUCUUCAAAGCUUUCUGGACCAGACAUCCCGGCAGGGUUUAGAUGUAUCCCUUCAGCGUGUGGACAGGAACAUCAGCGGUGUGUUUUCCAGUUUGUUCACCUCCAUGCGCACAGAGGAGCUCAACCGUUACAGAGACACGCUCAGAAGGGCGAUCCUGCUGCUCAGCCCGCGUGGAGCCCAAGUCUUCAUCAACCAGGCUGUGGAGACGAACCUGGCCUCCAAAGACAGUCACUGGCUGUUUGUGAACGAGGAGAUCAGCGAUACUGAGAUUAUGGAGCUGGCCCACAGUUCCUUGGGAAGGAUGACCGCGGUCAGGCAGAUUUUCCCGCUGUGGAGAGACAGCAGUAUGAGCUGUAUGAGGAACAAUCACCGCAUCUCCUCGUUGCUCUGUGACCCUCAGGAGGGCUACCUGCAGUCGCUGGAGGUGUCCAAUCUGUACCUUUAUGACAGUGUACUGAUGCUGGCCAAUGCCUUCUACAGAAAGCUAGAGGACAGAAAAUGGCACAGCAUGGCCAGCCUCAACUGCAUCAGGAAGUCAACCAAGCCCUGGAAUGGAGGAUGGUCCAUGCUCGAGACAAUCCAAAAGGGCCACAUCACCGGUCUCACCGGAAUUAUGGAUUUCAUGGACAAUGGAUCAAAUUCCCAUGUUCAGUUUGAAAUUUUGGGAACCAGCUUCAGCGAGACGUUUGGAAGAGACAUAAAGCGGUUGGCUACGUGGGAUCCUGUCCAUGGGCUCAAUGGAAGCCUAAAGGAGAGUCGGAUUGAGAAUGGCAUGCAGGGGGUUACUGUGAAAGUAGUGACGUUGCUGGAGGAUCCAUUUGUGAUGGUGGCAGAAAACUUUCUCGGACAACCCAAAAGAUAUAAGGGUUUCUCAAUUGACGUCCUUGACGCCUUGGCCAAAAUGUUAGGAUUCAAGUAUGAUAUCUACCAAGUGGCCGACAGCAAAUAUGGAUCCCAGCUGCCCAAUGGCUCAUGGAAUGGAAUGAUUGGAGAGCUCAUCAACAAGAGGGCAGAUCUGGCCGUUUCCGCAAUCACUAUUACAGCAGAGCGAGAGAAUGUUGUGGACUUCAGCAAGCGCUACAUGGACUACUCUGUGGGUAUCCUACACCACAAACCUGAGGAAAAGAUCAACAUCUUUUCUCUGUUCGCUCCUUUCGACCUGGCUGUGUGGGCCUGCAUCGCGGCUGCCAUUCCCGUGGUGGGCGUUCUGAUCUUUCUGCUAACACGAAUGCAGAUGCUCCGCUCCCAGAAUCCUCCAGUAGCUCAUCAAGCUUCAUCCAUGUCAAACACGUUGCACAGCGCAAUAUGGAUUGUCUAUGGAGCAUUUGUACAGCAAGGUGGAGAUUCAGUGGUCGGGUCUGUGGCAUUGAGGAUAGUCAUGGGCAGCUGGUGGUUGUUUACAUUGAUCGUGUGCUCCUCUUACACUGCAAACCUGGCUGCAUUCCUAACCGUGUCCCGCAUGGACAACACUAUACGAACAUUUCAGGACCUUGCGAGGCAGAUGGACUAUGCCUAUGGCACUGUGAGAGACUCUGCAGUGUACGAUUACUUCAGAGCCAAGGGUACAAACCCACUAGAGCAGGACAGCACCUAUGCAGAGCUGUGGAGGACAAUCAGCAAGAAUAACGGCCAGGACUUCUCAGUGUCUAGCCCAUCAGAAGGCAUACGAAAGGCCAAAAAAGGACCCUAUGUAUUCCUGUGGGAUAUGGCAGUGGUGGAGUACGCAGCGCUCACAGAUGACGACUGCACCAUCACAGUAUCCGGCAACAGCAUGAGCAGCAAAGGCUACGGGAUCGCCAUGCAACACGGGAGCCCGUAUCGAGAUCUCAUAUCCCAAAAGAUACUGGAGCUGCAGGAGAAAGGAGAUCUGGAUGUCCUAAAGCAGAAGUGGUGGCCUCGGACCGGUCGCUGUGACCUCAACAGCCACAGCAACGCCCAGCCGGACGGUCGCUCGCUCAAACUGCACAGCUUCGCUGGCGUCUUCUGCAUCCUGGCUGCAGGCCUUCUGCUGGCCUGUCUAGUGGCCACCCUGGAAAUGUGGUGGAACAGCAACCGCUGCCGGCAAGAGCAGGCCAAAGAGGUUACUAAGGAUUACAGACUGGCAAGGGUUUCUGGUCCAUUGACAUAUAAUGAUAUUGCUACUGCUUCAUCGGAGGGGAGCAAGGACAUUUGGACAGAGAGAGAAAAAGACUGGGAUGAAGCAGAAGCUAUUGACACAGGACAAGGAGGUGAACCUGGAACAGGUGCAUCGGCGUAUGAACACACUUAUGGACCUGGACAUGGCACACAAGCAGAUCACCGCACCGUCUAUCGAGAUCUCUGCCCUGGACAUCGGCAGCAUGCAACCCAGCCAGCAGCGGGAAGCUGUGCGAGACUACCCGGGCAAGGGCCUGUCUGUGAGCACAUUCAUCCCGGAUCAAGCUCAUGGGGUGGGCCGGACACUGGCCCAGGGUCCUGGCAGCACCCACCCCCUUCCUCUCAGCAGCUCCACCUUGCCCUCCAUCCAAUGCAAACACAGGGCUCCCAACGGGGGCCUAUUCCGACAGAGUCCCGCCAAGACCCCCAUGCCAAUGUCCUACCAGUCGGUACCAGGAGGACCCAUCCCAGAAGCUAUUGAUCCCACCCACAGUACAUCCAUUUAAAGCACUUGGGCAGCCUCGUACUUGCUUUUCGAAAGAGACCAUGUAAGCUGAGGUGCGGUUGGGGCUUGGGAGACCGGAUGGCAGUUGGAUAUAAAUGUGUAAAAAGAGUUAAAAAACGUGUGUAGAGAUUUUUAUUACGCAAAAAAGCAAAAAUAAAAUAAACAUUUUUCUUGUACAUAUUUGUAAAUACUGAAAGAUCAAAGUAAGUAAACGUGUAUUUUGAAUAUUCUCAAUUUUUGAAGUUGAGUUACAAAAACAAAUGAAAAACAAAAAAGGACAUAUAAAAAUAAUUCAACGACGACUGUUUGAAUGGCUUUGUGAAUUUUGUUCUAUAUGGAUAAACACUCAAAUUCAUUGUGAUUGUUUUCUAAGUGCCGAAAUAAAAGAUGUCUCUCCACGUUUUGUUACUAGAUGAUCACACGGCUGUAGAAAUCCAAAAGCUAUUGAGUAUGCACCCGUUUUACAGCAUAAACAUCCAACAUUCUUCAGUAACUGCUGUGGCUAUUUCAAUGCUUUGCCAGUGGUUUUCAAUUUUUAUUGAUUAGGAUUGAUGAAGUUAGCGCUGAGAUGAUGAUGGUUUAAUAACCAGAGAAAAGUAAGCAAGUCAAUAUUGUGUGACUUCUUUUUCUCAAUCAAAGCAACAACACUGAACCACUUUUUUUCUUAAAUUAUUCUUUUUUUUCUUUUAUCUUGUGACGCCAUCAAUCCGUGAGCACAACCAGCCCAGAGACAACAAUCAUGUUUGUAACAUACAGAAACUAUUUCACUUUCAUUUGCUGAGCAUCAAAGAGAUUUUUAACCGAUUCGAUCUGAUGAAUUUGUACAGUUUGUCAAAGAGCUGUAAUAAAGAGUCAAAGAGUUGCUUCCCUAGCGUUGAUAUAUCAUUUCGAUUUUACUGUUUUACUGUAUUACACUCGCUUCACACUGAGUACAUAGACAAUAAAAAAACUUGUACAUGAAAAGAUUUUCAUAAAUUACAUGUUGUGAUAUCUUUUUUCUAAUGAAAACAUGAGUGAUGAAGUCCUAAACGCUUCAACGACUAACAUCACACAUAAGCGAUUUUAAAUAAUCCAUAAACAUGUAUUUGAAUAUUUUCUACUCAUGUUUUUAGACAUGUCUUGAAUUUUUUCAGUUUGUUCUGUUUGUUGUGACCUAACCCAGAACAACCUUAUACAAUGCAUUCACUCCUUAUACUGCUAUCUGUGUGUGUUUCCCUGUUAAACUACUUAACUAUUUGACAAAUCACAAAAUGAAAACAUUUAUCAGUGUGGAGUACCUCGACCAGUUUUCAAUGAGAUUUCACCCUGCACCUGCUUGUCACUCUCUCUUUAAGGUUGUAUCCUGUAUAUUUUGUACCAAGUCCAAGUAGUUACUAAUGUGAACCAAAGUGAUAUAUUACACUGUGUAACACAACCUGUGGCUUUGAUCUGCCGACGGCGGGUGGUAAGGAUGUCCUACGUAAUUUGUAGGGUUGUGUUUUCACUGCCUUACGCUCUUGCCCCUUUGAUUUCAAUGAAACAUGUCCAAUAGCCCACGAAAUAUAACGUAUCAUUGCCUAGUCUGUAACAUUAAAUAUAAUAGAGAC